CAGCUUGACUCCUGCUUUCAUCUCCGGUGAGGACACACAGGUAACCGCUCCAGGUGUUUAAGCGACGGCUACCCCACUGUUAACGCUUCGGGUGGAUUCAAACUGAUUAGCUCGUGACCGACGCUGAUGGAGACUUCGGGAGUUUGCGAGCUCGAUGUGGGGACGAGACGAAUCGUAGGUGGCAACGAUUCCCCGCCCGACCUGGACAGCCCGUCUCAGGAGGAGGUGUCUGAGUUUGGUUUGGGGCUCUCCUGCACCGAUGAGGAGAGGGGGGAGACUCCAGGCCGAGAGGACAGUCCCAGCGACCUGGUGGAGGCGGAGCUCGAUGCCGGCGGAGAUGCGAAGAACAGAGAGGACAAAGCUUUUGGGAAGGAGGUGGUUCUUCUGAUGCAGGCGCUGAACGCUCUCGCCACUCCUGAGGAGAAGCUGGCCGCUCUGUGCAAGAAAUACGCCGACCUGCUGGAGGAGAGCCGCUGCAUGCAGAAGCAGCUGAAGGCCCUGCAGAAGAAGCAGUCUCAAAUCGUGAAGGAGAAGGUGCACCUGCAGGGGGAGCACAGCAAGGCCAUCCUGGCCCGCAGCAAGCUGGAGAGUCUCUGCCGGGAGCUGCAGAGACACAACAAGACCCUGAAGGAGGAGAACGCCCAGCGGUCCAGGGAGUACGACGAGCAGCGGAAGGAGGCCAUGCUGCACUUCCAGAUGACCCUGAGCGACAUCGAGGUGCAGAUGGAGCAGCACAGCGCCCACAACACCAAGCUGAGGCAGGAGAACAUGGAGCUGGCCGAGAAGCUCAAGAAGCUCAUCGAGCAGUACGAGCUCCGAGAGGAGCACAUCGACAAAGUGUUCAAGCACAAGGAGCUGCAGCAGCAGCUGAUGGACGCCAAGCUGCAGAGAAUCACUGAGAUGAUGAAGGAAGUGGAGGAGAAGCAGCAGCGUGAGAGAGACUUUCUGCUGAAGGACGCCACCGAGUCCAGACGCAAGUGUGAGCUGAUGAAGGAGCAGGAAACCCAGCUGAAGCAGCAGCUCUCUCUGUACAUGGACAAGUUCGAGGAGUUCCAGAGCACUCUGGCUAAAAGCAACGAGGUCUUCACCACCUUCAGACAAGAGAUGGAGAAGAUGACCAAGAAGAUCAAGAAGCUGGAGAAGGAAACGACCCAGUGGAGGACCAAAUGGGAGAGUAAUAACCAGGCGCUGCUGCAGAUGGCAGAGGAGAAAACGCUGCGUGACGGUCACUUCAAGGCUCUGCAGGGGAAGCUGGAGCUGCUGGAGAGGCUGUGCAGAGCUCUGCAGAAGGAGAGGAACGACCUGAAUAACCGACUCAGCCUCCUCCAGGAGCAGGGAGACAAAGGGAGCGCCGCAUCUCCUCAGGCUGAGCCGCGAGAGCCUUCGGCCGAGGAUGGAGAGGAUUCGGAGGAUUCGGCGCAGGGUGACGGGCCGGAGACGGCGGACGUUCAGGAAGCUCCCAGACCACCUGAAAUGGACCCGACGGCGUCUCCCGGUGACAGCGAGCCUGCAGAGACGGCGAUCACGCCGCAGGACUGAGCUCACCUCGCAGCCUGCGUGGAGGUGAGGGGGCGUGGUGGGAGGGGCUUCACGCAGCUCCAGCCUAGUUCCACAACUAGCCAGAAAACCAUCUUCAGUGGAGAUAGAGCUCUUUUUUUUAACAUAGACCUCAGAUUUCUACACAGAAGCUGAAGCCGUGUCUCUUUGUGUGAUAAAUGAUUGUAUCAGAUUCUCUAAAUCGUGGCCCACGGUAACGAGCGCACUUCUUCAUACUCCCCGUUUCUACUCGAUCUUUAUUUUCAUAGGGAACCUCCAGGCGGGCCUUCGAUUUCUCUCCUCACACGCCCGAGUAUGACUUUGAUUUGAGUCGGACACGCUGUCGAGCGUCUGAGAAAACGGGACUGGGGUCAGAGGUCAUCUGACCGACCACAGGGGCGGGAAAUGGCAGAACCUCGCAUUGUAGUUGGUUCGAAGUGUUUCCAGCAGAUUGAGUCUUGAUUGAUUUUAUUAAUGAUGAAUAAGUCUGUGGAUGUUUCCUCCACCUGCUGCACGUUCAGGUGAGAGGAAACUUUCAUCACGUUUAAACGAAUGUUUAGAAAAAUAAUCAAAAUGAUUCAAUUUGAACUUUAUUGAAAUGUAGCAGCUUCAGUCUGGUCACAUAAAUGUUUUUUGGUUUUCAUUAACAACUGGCAAUAACAGGAAGUGACUGUAGUUUAACGUCACGUCGUUAAUGUCACGCGGCUGCCAUCGGGACGCAGCGGGAUCGCUUUUGAACUUGCUGAUAGGCGCUGAGUCGGCAUGGCGACAGCCUCUGUCAGGUUUUUAAAAAAACAAAUACAAACCAUGAGUUUGGGGCGUUGUUUGCUGCCCCCCUGUGGUCAACCAGUGUCAUUUCCUCUCCUUUGAAGCCGUUUAACACGUUUCUGGGGAUCAUGCAUGUGUUUUGUGUUGAGGAGCGUGUGAGGAAGAGUCGAAGGCCUUCGUCCUCUGAAAAGUGAUUUCAUGUAAAUUAUGUUUGGAAAUGAUGAUGGGCUCUGUGAUCUUUAUACUGGAAGAAGCUGAAUGUGAUUUUUCUUUUUUUAAUGAAUCUGAAUAAAAAAAAAUGUUGGUUUCUGUCAA